ACAUAGAGGACCCCCCCCCCCCCCCCAACUGGCUACAGAUUCAUCAGUGGUAGGAACCAUAGUACCAGGUGACAAACUCAAGCUUUGCUUGUUUGUUUUUUAAAUAAAUUAAUUGUAUUAUUAAUGAAUAAUAAUAAUAAUAAUGACAAACCGUACAUGACUUGAAGGCAACCCAUUAAGCAGUGUCUGAGCAAAGCAAAAGAACUAGCCUGCCACCUCAUUACGUGAAUAACCUCCUACCGCUCUCAGUGUAGAGACCUAACUUAGGUGUGUGAUGUUUGUGUGGCUUUUGCCAGGGGAAAAGGUAGGGCAGGGAAUACUGAUAUUGUAUUAGACAAAAAGGUGGGGGGGAAAUAAACCACACACAAGUAUAUUUUGUUAUUGUAGUGGGUCUUAGUAUUGAAUCCUGACCUCUUUGCCGUUGCUGUACUAAUUGUCCUCCCAAACGCUCCACAGCACUCCCAUCACCAUGCAAGUGCACCUAGGCCCACAUGUCUUUUUUUUAACUUCACUUUUUUGUUAGUUUUGUUUUGCUGCUUUGAUUUUUGUUUUGUUGGUUUUUGUUUUAUUUUGCCUCUGACAGACCUGCCCUUGCAUCUAAGUAGAUAUCCAGUCUUCUGGUUGGGGAGUUCUGGGCAGGAGAUAUGUGUUAGUGGGGUGGGGUAUUCUGGUGGGAGGUUCCGUAGAUGAUCAAUGUAGGCUUUGUCUCCGCUGUUGAUUGGUUGGUCCCUGGUUCAAAAGUCUGUAUUCUCGUCACUGUUUGUAAAUUCAUUCUCUCUGUGGGACACAGGACACUGUACUGUACUCUCUCCACAAAUGGAAGUGGCAACCGUCAACAUACAUACUUUUGUUCUUUCUGUAAAUAAAUCUGUUGAUUAAUAAGACGUGUCAUUGAUGGGUGUUCUCUUGGGUAUGGUUCAGCAAAAAUGUAAAACACAUCAUGAACAGUUACAAAAUGUGCAGUCACUGCUGGAAGAGAGAAACAGCACAGGCACUGACCAUUGUCACGAAUAAUUAUUUAAUUAAAUAUCAAUCCCAGUUCACACCCCAGACACCAUUCUGGGGAGUCUGGGAAUAAGGUCACAAGAGGGAGCUGUUGAACAACAUAGUGUUUCAGGAGAGCGAGACCGAACCCAGCCAGGAAAGACCUUGGAGGAGCCAGAGUAUUUAUGAUGACUGACUUGUUAUUUAGAGAGCUACCUGCCAGGCGAGUAGUUUUUGCGUCAGUUUUGUGUUGGUGGUACAGUGUAGGAGGGACCAUGGUUUUAGUAAGCGAUAUAUAACCUACCUCAUCCCAGUGUCAUUACACGCCUGUCGAUCUUUCCGAAAGGAAGAUUCUGUUCCAGCGAAUAGAUAACAAUUCGCUUCUGCGCAGUGGCAGUGGGUAGUCAACAGCGGUGAGUGAAUGCUCACGCGGGGAACCUCUUCUCUGCGGAGGACCAUCUGGGUCCACGGCUGGAAGUCACCAUGGUAGGAAAUCGACCCCGGAUACAUAUGAAGACCACCACAGCCUUCCAGCUAUCAAAGACAAGCUGAUGGAUGGAAGCGGUGCGCUCUGACGGCUCGCCACGGAACCAGGAGACGAGGGGAAGGAUUCAGUGCCUUUCUGGCCCAUACCAAAGCACUUGUUCGAGGAAUCCCGUACUGACACGCUGUCCACUUCUCGACCAUAUCGGCUGUAUUCAAUAUUGGAAUUGGCUUAAUGAUGAAGUUUAAGCCCAACCAGACUAGGACUUACGAUGGCGAGGGCUUUAAAAAGCGAGCAGCUUGCUUGUGUUUUAAAAAUGAACGGGAGGACGAGGUUCUGCUGGUGAGUAGUAGUCGGCACCCAGACCAGUGGAUAGUCCCGGGGGGAGGAAUGGAACCGGAGGAGGAGCCGUGUGGAGCAGCGGUGCGAGAGGUAUAUGAAGAGGCAGGAGUGAGAGGCACCCUGGGAAGACUCUUGGGGGUGUUUGAGCAGAAUCAGGACAGCAAACACAGGACGUAUGUUUACAUCCUCACCGUCACCGAGACGCUAGAGGACUGGGAAGACUCCGUCAAUAUCGGCCGCAAGAGGAAGUGGUUCAAAAUUGACGAGGCGAUCCGUGUGCUGCAGUGCCACAAGCCAGUGCAUGCCGACUACCUCCGCAAGCUCAAGGCCAACUGUGGCCCCUCCAAUGGCAACGCACCGGAGACGGUCGUACCCGAAGAUAACGCCCCCCACCGAGUGCCCCCCUCACAGGACUGCAGCCAGCCUCAUGUGCAGAGAUAGGGUUCAGUGCCUCCACUCAGGGCUGGGGGGGGAUUGCCAAAAACACACUACACAACUGGAGCACUCUGCAGAGUUAAAGACUGAACAAAAAACAUGAGAGACUUUUGAGACUUUUUACGUAAAACCUGCAUGACGGGCUUCAUUGUUUACUGUUUUAAAUAUGUUUUUUAAACUUUGAGAAAACCAAAGGAUGAAUUUUAAGCAGAGUUUUAAGAAGGCCUUUCGCUUGGCCUCUGAAUGGCUGAUUUCUCAACGUCUGUGACUUUGAGGUCUUUGUUUUUUUUUUUUUUUUUAAUCCUCAAGCCAAACAAAGAUGUUGAUGAGGAUAUGGCCUUAAUGCAAUUCACAGGUGAGGCUAAGUUGCUUUGGUACCUUUUUAGAGAAAGUGAAAAAGUAAUUGCUGCAACAUGCAGUAAGCAGAACACAUGCUGUAUUGAUAUACUUUUAGGAGCUGGUGAGUACUCUUUUAAUGGUUUGACUAUAUAUGAAAGAAAAGUGUACCACUGUAGGAUUGUGAAAGAUAUUAUUGCAUUGCAAUUCAAUGGAAGCUCAGAGAAAGUGUGGCAAAAUGUGAUGGUUGAAGUGCUGUAGCAGUUUGGAAUGCAUACUGUUUAUCUGUGAAUAACAGUGUUGGAUGUCAGUGAAGUGUUAGCUUUUGCUAUGUAAGUAAUACUUCGUCUGAUAGUCUCUAAUGCAUGUGAAAAUAAAAUUAUGAUAGCUUUUUCUAAAAAAAAAAAAAACCCUCCAUAUUAUUUUAAAGUUUUUUUUAAAGGCCUUAUGAAUGUUGGCAUUUCUUACAAAUCUACUUACAUGGCGAUGAAAAGGAAAUUAUGGCGACGUUUUUAUUUUUAUUAAACGCCAAAAGGUUAUGCUAUUCAUGUUAUGCUCUCCAAUGGCUAAAGGUUCAUUUGGACUAUGUGGACUGACAAACUAUAGAUGUGUAUGGGCCUUACUGCAGGGAUUACAUGGUUUUGAAAUCACAAACAACUGAAUGGGCAGGCCUCAAAAAAGUCUGUAGUAGCCAACCUUCACCAGACUUGGAUCAUGGUGCUUUAUUGUUUCUAUGGCUAAUAUUGUAUGGAUAAUACACAUCCUAAUUACAGCUGUUAAGAGGUGUCUGAAAGAUGAGUUAAUUGUAUAUGUUGCCAUUAACUUGCUAUUUAAGAAAUGGCCUAUUGUCCAACAAUAUCGUCUUAAACUGAUUCACUCACAACCAAGGGCUGAGUUGCGUUGGGGGGGGGGGAUGAAUGUUGGCUGUACAAGCAUGUCAAUAAGGUAUGAAGAAAUGUGUCAUGGUGAUUAACAUCUGGUCAUUGGUGUCCUAACAUGAUCUUGGAAUCAUUUUUGUGGGAGCAUGCAUAUGAGGAAAUGACUGCGUGUGAAGGCUACGGAAUAUAGUACUUGUUCACACAGGCCUACUGCAGUCAAACCUGUAGACCCAGUGCUUGUGUUGCAGGCCUUACAUUAAGAAGAAGAACUAUCAUCUUUGACAAACAGUGUUGAAUAUGCAGUCAUUUCUAGAAUGGAAACAUUUCUAAUGCACAAUAAAACCUAUUAAGUCUU